UAAUUGCAUUUCUAUGAAAAUAAUUCCAGCAAAUAUUUGAACAAUAAUUAAAUAAAUUAAACCAUAAAGUAGUGCAACAAAUUUCGUGUGCAAAAAGUGAAAAGAAAGAAAAAAUAAACCCAAAAAUCGUAAACAAAGCCAAAAACCAAGGAUCAAGUAGUAUGAAACCGAAACAGAAGAUGAGGCAACACACUAAAGCCAAUUGCGGCCUGUUGAUGUCGUCGUUGUUGUUGUCGUUGCUGUUGGUGUUGCAACUGCUGGUUGAGACUCAGUCCAUACCGUCGCCAUCCUCCAUGCAGACACCACAAAAGCGAGGUGGCAGUGGCUCUGGCGGUGGUGGAGGCGGCGGCGGCGGCGGGGGUGGUGGCGGCGGUGGUGGCAGCUCAUCAGAUAUAUCCAAAGACCAUUGCAAUAAAACUGUGGACAUAUUCGAGGACAUUAGCUCGCCGGAGGUUAGCAAUCAGAAUGUGGGACGUCCACUUACAUGCUGGUAUCGCUUUCGCACCCUGAAAGGAGCUCCCCGUGAUUUUGUGCUCCGAUUGCGCUUCAAGAAAUUCAAAGUGGGACAAUUGCUGAAUGCCACACACUGCGAGGGUGGCUAUUUGCAGAUUGUUGAUGGCAAUGCCAAGACGGAUGUGUCCAAUCGUCGGGAGCCAGGAAUGUUCUGUGGCGAAGCCGAACAACCGCAGACAUUCAUCAGCGAGACAAGCUAUGUGAAGGUGCUCUUCCAUACGGAUAACUUUACGGAUCAGACCUAUUUCACAUUCGAUUCACGCGCUGAACAACAAACCGAAGUCUAUUUACGAUAUGGCCAACAUCCGGAAUUAUAUCCAAAUCGUCGCGGUGAAGUUGUCCAAGGCUCCUACUGUGAAAGGGAAUAUCGUGAUUGUCGUCUGCAAACUUGCUAUGUACAAUCACCAGCAUAUCCUGGUCUAUAUCCACGUGCCCUCAAUUGUCGCUAUAAAUUGCAUACACGACAGCCCUAUAUUAAAUUAUAUCUGCAAAACGAGCAAUUUGCUGUGGAUGGUCAAAGAUGCGAAAAUGUCAUGACGUGCCCCAUACGACCCAUUGGAUCAGGGAAUGAGCAUUGCCCAUACGACUGGUUAGCCGUUUAUGAUGGAAGGGAUGAGCAUUCACCGCUCAUAGGCAAAUUCUGCGGCCUGGGUAAAUUUCCAUUCAGCAUUAUUGGCACCUCACAAUACAUGUAUGUGGAAUUUGUUACAUCGCCGGCGGGUCCGUUACUCAAUACCGGUUUUCAUUUCAAUGUUGGCAAUUGGCCAGGCCAUGUGGAAACGGCUGGCAUCAAGCACGGCGUCUGUGACUGGUUGCUCAGCUCCGAUUCGCUAAAGGAUAGCAGCGCCAGUGAGGGCAUCUUUUUGAGCAUUGCCCACUGGUAUCCACCGAAUACAUCCUGCAGCUAUCACAUCAAAGGACAUGUUGGUGAAAUUGUGCGAUUAUAUUUCCCCAGUUUUCGCAUCAAUCGCAUCGAGUCACCCAUAUUGAAAUACGAAGGAGAUUGCGGUGAAUCGCUAACAAUUUAUGAUUCCGACCAUGCCGAUCCGGCGAGAAUUAUUAAGACAUUCUGUGACACAUUUUCCCGGCCCAUGGAGAAGGUGGACUUUGUGAGCACCAGUCCCAGUUUGUAUGUGCAAUUUGAAUCGAAAACUGGCAGCUAUAGCGGCAGUUCACUGUACUAUUGGGCUCACUAUGAUUUCUUCAAUAACACACGUUUCGGUGAUCCCGUGCCAAAUACUCUCUGCGAUGAGGUUAUGUACGCCUGGAAGCAUCCCGGUGGUCGUCUGCGUUCGCCUCUCAACUCGUUGAUCUUCAAGCGCACUGGGGGCAGCGAUGUGAGAUGCCAAUAUAAGUUUAUCACGGACAGACGACUCUAUGCCAGAGCCAUCAUUGAGGUGAAUUCGGUUUCGUUUAAGGAGCUGCCAUACAAUAGCAAUGCUUGCACUCGUUGUCAUGAGGAGCGAGUGGAUAAACUCGUUAUUUGGGAGGAACGAGAUAAAUAUCAAAAUAAUCUCGCCUGUUUCUGUGAUAAUAUACCACGAGCAGUGCGCGUAAUAUCAUCGGCAGAUCAAAUGAAUUUAGAGAUGAUUGUCCAGGGACAACAUGCCAUUACUUCAUACUUUAAGAAUCCAAAUCCUUUGUUCGAGGCCACCUACGAGUUUGCGCAUGGACCAUUGUGUGGACCUAUUACUUUGGGCCCUUCGCCCGAUGGUGAGCUAAUGUUUCCCUAUAAGAAGGCUCUGGGCAUGGUUGCUGGACCAAUGGCUCCGCCCGAGCAUCAUUAUCGUCGCGAGAAAUGCAUUUGGGAACUGAAGGUGGCCGCUCAGCGAGAUCUUUGGUUGAAUCUGGAGAAGGCAAGAUUUGCGGAUCGCAGUUGUGAGAGUGCCAAAAUUGAGGUUUACCUCGCUGGACGACUGGAGCCGCGCUUUGUGGUCUGCCCGGAGAAUAUUUCACUGGCUCGUGAUUUGCCCAUUUUAACCACUGCCGAACUGGGAGCCACCGGAGCCGAUCAGGAGCCAUUGCCCGUGUUGAUACAAUACACAGGCGAUGGCCAACCGGGUCGCAAUAUUUUCCGUCUUGUCUGGACCGAGUUGUUCCAUUUGCCCCGCAAUCCCGAUGGUAGUCUGGCCGCCUCACUGCUCCAAGAUGGUGGCUGCGAUUUCCGUUGUCCUGGCGACACGCAAGUCUGCAUUCCCCGUCAUCUGAUCUGCAACGGAGUGGCCAAUUGUCCCAAUGUGACGCACUCCUCGACGCUGGCCCAACUAACGCGGCACAUUGAGUGGAAUUUGGAACAGCUCGGCCUACUCCAUCAUGCGGCCGAAUAUAGCCAGUUGGUGAUCCACGAUGAGUCACCAGAAAUUUGCCUGAGACGUGAUCUCAGUGAAUUGCCCUAUGGCAAACUGACUCUUAUCACUUUGGGUCUUUGUGCCAUGUUUGGCCUGCUAUUUGCCAUCUUGAGGCGAAUGUGCCAGCGAGGGACAACGGGCAAACAGCAAUUGGAAGAGGAUUAUUAAGAGAAAACAGUUUUUUGUUUUUCAGUUUCCAAAAGGCGGCUAUGUUAGUCGGGAGUUCAUGAACUUGAAAAUGACUCACACACAGACACUGACACAAAAAUACAUAUAUAUUGUAAGUAGUAAUUCUAUAUCUAACCCCCCAAAAACUAACUCCGAUUCCACCUCCUAAGCGUCCUCUCUCUUUAAAAAAUAUAAAACUCUGAACGUGA